UUAACAGAAGUUUGAGGCCGAUUAGAUGGAGAGGGUGUCGAGGUAUGCAGCGGAGCGCGGACUCGAUGUGCUCGGCACGGGUGGUGCAAGGGGAGGAGAGGCGGGGCGGCGGCUGGCGGAGGGAGGGGUCGGGGGAGAUGGUGGGCAUGGUGCGGCAGACCCCACUUUGGGUGGUGGAGGCGGUGAGACAGAGGAGGGCGUGAUCCACGUGGAUCGCGAGGCGCGUGGCCCGGGUGACGAGGGAGUCCCGGAAUGGGAGGACGUGCCUGAGGUUUAUCCAGGCACUGGGGAGAGGUUGGAGGACUGGCGGAGGCGAGCAAGCAAGGGAGCUGCAAUGGAGGGGUCUUCCAAGAGGAAGGAAGGAGGGAGUGAUCCGGCUGCCACCCCAGCAGGGAAGAGGCUUCGGCAGCAGAAGGUGACAGAUGUCUACGAUGGCGAGUGGGUUGCCCGCCACAAGAAGGCAUUCCUUCGCUGGUUGUAUUCCAACAGGGUCUCCUUCAAUGCCUUCCGCAACCAGGUGUGGAAGGCAUAUCAGCAGGUGUUUCUUGAGCAGCCUGGCAGUUCCCUGCGUGCAGUGCUUUCCAACCACUGCGAGAUUGCGAGUAUGCGGGCGGUGGAGACCCACCGUGCGGAGUUGGCGAAGGAGUUGGAGGAGGUGAGGCAGCCAUUCUGGGUGACUGGUGCCACCCUCCUCUCCGAUGGGAGAAAAUCACGAGACGGGAGACCGAUCGAGAAUUUCCUUGCUGCUGGCUCUCGAGGGGUCGUCGUGUACACGACGAUCAAUCGAGAGGGCGAGUCGGACGAUGUAGUGCACGUCCUUCAUAGAUGGGUUACCAUCUUCCACGAGUUCAGCUUUGGCGGGCCGCAGCGGAUCAAUGCGAUAUGCACUGACUCCGCUUCUGCCUAUGUGGGGGCUGCGAGGGCAUUGACCUCGCCGUCCAUGCCUCCUGCGGACGACACGCGGACUUUUGCUUCCAUCCCGUGGUCCGCCGAUGUGUGCGUCAUGGCGCGGUGGGUGCGCCGACAGAUCAGAUGGGAUCCAUGGUGGCAGAGGGUGGCCACCAUCGUCCAUAUCAUGCAGCCCGUCAUGGAGUUGCUCAGGAGGAUGGAUCGUGGAGGACAGUACAUGUCCCUCAUGAUCGAGUGGACGCAGGAUCUUGUCCGCCGUGUCACGGUCGCAUGCGCCCCUUUGGGGACGUCAUUCGCCGACCGGAUCAUCAGGCGUGUGCAGGCUCGCAUACAGCACAUACUUGAGCCGGCUCACUGCGCAAGGUUCUUAUUGAACCCCUGCAGGCGACACGUUCACUACUUUUCGGGGCAGGUGGAGAGGUACGAUGCUUGGCUUGUGGGGCAAGCCAAGAGGUACAUUUUGACGCAGACGGGAUUCGAGCUGGAGGGUGCGGAGAACAUCCUUGCAUGUCGGCAGUUUGAGGACUUCCACAUUCAGCAGGGCAGGUUCGGGGAUUGGGGCGGUCCAGAGGGGCGUGCUCGUGGGCGCGCGUGCAGCGGCGACAGCGAGACAAUUGAGUGCGUGUCUUGGUGGUCUCAGUUCGGGUCGGGCUCGCCACAGUUGCAGCGUUGCGCUCUUCGGGUGAUGCACAUGUGGUCUUGCGCCUCUCCAGCGGAGAGGAACUGGGCAGUCCACGAGGGCAUUCACACGAAGAAGCGCAACCAAUUGGCCUUCGAGAAGGUUGUGCAACUCAUUGAGAUCACCGCAAAUGUGCGGUUGACUGAGUAUCGGCGGGCUCGAUGCAGUUAUGUGCUGCCAUGGCAGCGGGACGAGGGCAUGUUGGAUUGCCAGGUAGGACUCGAGUUGGAGCCUGUGCGCACGGGAACUCGCAGGAGGAUGACGGACGAGGAGAUUGCCCGUCAGCGAGGCCUUCUCCACAGAGGCGGGGCAGUCCGCCAGCUUAGGUUACGAUCACCUUCCCCGGGGAUAGGGCAGGAGGAGGGGGGACCUUCGGCAGCAGCAGUGGAGAGUUCGAUGACACCAGCGGCUGUGUCGGACGCGACGAUCGCGGCCGCGGUGGAGGAGAUAGCAGCAGCAGCAACAGUGCUGGUGGAGGAUCCACCAGCGGCAGGAGGAGGUGCAGCAGUGGAGGGGCAGGUGGCAGCAGCAGGAGGAGCAGGUGGAGGAGCAGCAACAGUGGAGGUUGAGGUGGCAGCAGCACUGGAGGAGGAGGACCCACCGUCGGCAGCUGCAGUGGAGGAGGAGAUAGUCGCACAGGCCGAGGUGCAGCGUGGGGGCAAUGACGAGCGCCUCAUGUAGCAGUUCCUCACGGAGGAGCUCGGUCCGGCCAUAGUGGGUAUGACCCCGGGUGUGGAGAGGGGGUUUGUGAUUUCACAUUCGGAGAUGGGGACCCACUU